AUUUUCGGGAGCACCAACAGUUAUUGAGAAGUGGAAGUGGCUGGGGUUGUUCAGAGAGAUGCAUGUGUUUUCUUCCCUGAGACCCACAGCAGAGAGGAGACCCUUAAAGUGGUCGAUAUAACAGCAGACAGAGAACCCGAGGAGAGUGGGGGGCAGCAGUCAGAGAUAAAGGAUACACACGUCAGGACAAACUUGGAGAAGAAAGUGGAGAGGACCAGGAGCAUGCACCAUGAGUAACGACAGCACCGGAGUGGGGGGGCUGCAGCACCUCUGGAACUACAAUGGUUCAUCGGUCAUCCCAUCCUCUGACCUGUUCUCCAACACCUCCUGCAACACCUCCUCCAAUGAUUCCACCUUCUGCUCUCCUGUGGAUGAAGGACAGGGGGCAGGAAGUCCAUAUAAGGCUCUGGAGAUGUUCUUCAUCGCCUUAGUUACAGGAUCUCUGAGCUUUGUGACUGUAACAGGAAAUAUAUUAGUCAUGCUUUCCAUCAAAGUAAACCGCCACCUACAAACUGUCAACAACUAUUUCCUAUUCUCAUUAGCAUGCGCUGACCUGAUCAUAGGGGCUUUCAGCAUGAAUCUGUACACGGUCUACAUCAUCGUGGGCUACUGGCCGCUGGGCCCGGUGGUCUGUGACUUAUGGCUAGCUUUAGAUUAUGUUGUCUCCAACGCCUCCGUGAUGAAUUUAUUGAUCAUCAGCUUUGAUCGCUAUUUUUGCGUGACCAAACCCCUCAGUUACCCAUCAAGAAGGACGACCAAGAUGGCGGGGCUGAUGAUCGCAGCAGCGUGGAUCCUGUCCUUCAUCCUGUGGGCUCCUGCCAUCUUGUUCUGGCAGUUCAUCGUUGGACAGCGAACAGUGCCCCCUGGAGAGUGUUACAUUCAGUUCCUUUCAAACCCUGCGGCGACGUUUGGUACGGCCAUAGCAGCUUUCUAUCUUCCUGUCAUCAUAAUGACGGUCCUGUACAUCCACAUUUCCCUUGCCUCCAGGAGCAGGGUCUCCAAACACAAGCCAGAGAAAAAAGAGAAGAAGGGAAUAAAAACUCCCAGCCUGCUGAAGAGUCACCUGUUGAAGCAGAACAACAACAACGAGACCAGUCCUCAGGCCAGCCCCCGCUCCACCCCCAAACUCAAUCUGGACUCCACCACCACGGCACUGGAGGCGGUGAAGAACGGCAGGACGGAGGAACCCAAACCUGCUCAGCCACUGCCUGAAGCUCAGCCCAGCCCGGGCCUCACCCAGGAGGAAAAGGAGAGCUCCAACGACUCUUCCACAGCUUUCAUUCCCCCAACAAAGCCAAAGGACGGCACCAAGAACGAGGUCAUAUCUGAGGAUGCAAGCAAUCCAGACCCAGUUGCCACGACAACCACCAAUGUUGAAUUGGCCAAGGGCGGAGCCAGCUCGAGAUGGUCCAAGAUAAAGAUCGUAACGAAGAAGGCGGGGGACGAGUGCAUCACAGCUCUGGAGAUCUGCCCUCCUGUAGAGGGCGCUGAGAGGCGUUCAAUCCCAAUCAGCCGUCCCAGGACUGUGGCCAGGAAGUUUGCAAGCAUUGCCAGAAGCCAAGUGAAGAGGAAACGACAGAUGGAAGCCAGGGAAAAGAAGGUGACCAAGACUAUCUUCGCCAUCCUGCUGGCCUUCAUCAUCACGUGGACGCCGUAUAACGUCAUGGUGCUGAUCUCCACCUUCUGCCAGUCCUGUGUCCCUGACACCGUGUGGGUUAUCGGCUACUGGCUGUGCUACGUCAACUCCACCAUCAACCCGGCAUGUUACGCUCUGUGCAACGCCACGUUCAAAAAGACCUUCAAGAACCUGCUGCUGUGCCAGUAUAAAAACAUAGGUACAAGAUGAGGGGGGAGCAGAAGUCUGAGGAUGGGGGAUGGGGUCAGGAGAUAUUGUUCAGAGGUGAGUGAAAGGAGGAGAUGUGGUUCAUGCUGAAACAAAAAUCAGAGCAACAUGUGAGUGUAAACCUUCAGGUGCACGUCAUCACCACGCUUCUAACAUGUGAUACAUUUCCAUUAUACACUGCAGGAAUUCAGGAAUAUCUUUAUUGAAAAUGUGUCACAGACAAUGCUACACCAACUUGUUAACCCUAGUUAUCAAAUGUGCGAUAAAGUCAUUCAGCAACACAUAAUUGAACUAAAACAUGAUAUAUAUUUGUUAUAUUACGCCAUGACACAUAGCCAUGCUGUAUGCAUAGACCAUCAUACAGUUGUGAGGGGACACAAAAGAAGGUCAGAAACCCCCCCACCUCCCACAAUGACAUGUCGGUGGUCACUGUCAUAUCAAUGGACAAAAUCGAUAAGCCCCAAAUAAUGUUCUAUGGAAACCGCGUAGAGCAUAGGCACCAUGAAACUGAAGUAAGGUGACAGAGGAGAGGAGGGAUGACUGGGGGGGGGGAUGACUGAAGACAAGGUGGGGGAGAACAGUUAGUGGAAGAGAGAGGAGAACGUAGCAGCAGAGGGGAAAUGUAAGGAUUUUACGUAGCAUACACUGUGGCAGCCAUGUUGGAAGUCUUUAGCUCAUGAGCAACAAUAGCAGCCAAUCGUAAAUAAGCUAUUUGUAAUUUGAUUUCAUGCUGUAAUUCAUUAGAUUGCUUAUCGGUGUUGUCAUCAGCAGGUUAGCUUUCGGUUGCGUCGUGGUAGCCCCCUUUUUGCGAUAGGAAGACGACAUAUUCCAAUGAGACCAUCGGGGGUAGGCAAGGAAGAAAAUGUUUAAUUUGAAUUAGUUGAAUACAGUUCAGGAGGUAGUUAAACAUAAAGCUUUAAUAUAAAUGCCUCUCAAUAUUCAAGAGAUGUGAUUUUCAUUAGUUGCCUGUAGUUUCUAGCUAAAAGUUCUUUUUUAAAGUGUAAAUGAUCAUAAUAAAACAAUAUAAAAGGUUAUUUACUUGACAAACUAAACUACCAACUAACCCUCUGCAACACAUCAUCAAACACAUUAUCUUUGACUUUAUUCAUAACGGUUCAGAUACAGGGUUAUUGUGUGUGCCAUUUUUAUUUCUCUAAUGUUUGCACACAUGACAAGUUAAAUACAGGGAACACAGCUGCAGCUCGAUGCUCUCUAACUAUAGUACACAUUCUGGUUUAUCAGGGGUUAAACUCAAAGCACAAAGUGUUUCAAAAACAGCUUCCCGGGGGUGUGUUGAUUUUAAUUUUAGUUGACGAAUGAGAUUAGUUCAAAAGUAAUCUUGGAGUUUUGAGUUUUUUUGGAGUGAGAGGAAAAAUGAAUGAAAUGCUCGCUGAUAAUGAACUGGUGAAGAAUCAUGCAGCUGUCUGUGUUGCUGUUCUAUUUGGGUCAGCUCCAUUGUGCUUUUUUUAUUUAUUUAUUUACAUCAGAUUCCAUAAACCCUUUUAAAUUCAGAUCUGUAAAGGCCUGUACUACUUUAUCAUGAUAUUUAGUACAGUAUUAAAUGUCUGCAAGUUAAUCUAUCACAGUCACUCAGCUGAGACAAUCCAUUAUUCAUUAUUCAACUGUUUGAUCGGGUUAGUCAAACUGCUGUCCUUUGAUAUCUUAGCAUUAGUUAUUUAAUCAUUUGAUGAGGUAAUACCAUGUCAGAACUUUGUGUAGGGUUUAAGUUAGGUCAGACAUCAGGCCCUUUUUAAAUGCAGCUGAUCUGAGAAGUGAAACGUCUCCUAAACUAAAUCCUCCGUGGCUCAGUGGGACAUGGCAGGGUGUGUGUCUUCUUAUAAUGUGACUGUCAGAAACUUGACAGGACCUUGUCAAUCACCUAUUGCCCACACUCAAGAAAAAAGAUUAGGACAUCCUGUGCCUCCACAGGAAGCAAAUACAACUCAUUUCUCACAAUAUGGACGCUCACAAAGUCUUCAAUCUGAGAGACUAGUACAGUAAGGACUACGAGGUGCAGUUGAGCAUAAUUCUCUUCUUCAAAGCCUCUUACAAUAAGUGCAAAAGACAUAGGGAUUCAAACUCUGAACAACAAGGAAAGUGCAGAUAUAUUCACUUCAAGCAAGUCAUAACUUUGUAAGUGCUGGUGAAUUAGUUAAAAAGCCUAAAUUAAUUUAAGUGCUUUUGUUUCAAGAAUUGUAUUGAGCCUAUCCAAAUUCGGGUGAUGUUUGUGAAGACGUUUGCUGUAUCACAACAUGCUUUAUUACCCAACACUGAAAUCAUCACUUGGAACAGGGCUAUGAUUUGGAAUAUAAUUGCAUGACUGUCACAACCCAUGAAUUCCAAAGAGACAUGACGUGAGAACAUUUCCUUUAACAGUCUGCUGGUGUUCUCAGUGAGACACUGGAGGAACAUUUCAGGAUCAUGUGUUCCUUUUCUCUUUCAGUUUGUAAUGAUCCUUUAUGAUCCUUUCUCAUCUCAAUUCUUUUUAAUCUGACAUUCCUUCUUGGUGUAUCUAUUUAAUUAGCUGAGUUAUGCUAUGCACAUUCGCUCAAAUAUAUUGGAAAAAUACAUUUAAGGACAAAAUACAACAAGGUAUUGUGCUGGAAUUCUAACAUUUCACAUGUCAGACACAUUUCCAGAUAAUAAAGUAAGAUUUAUCCUAGCUGUCAGGGUCAUGAUGAAACUGUUAGCACAUCCUGUGUUUGUUUUCAUCCAUUGUUCACCUGGAAGGAAACUGUUACACUCCUCUACUGUAUAUCAUCUGCAGCCCCUCACAUUUCCUUUUUAUUAACACUUUUUUAUGAUUUAAGUUGUAUGACACUAUAAUACAUAAACAGAGUUAGUGACAGUAUUUUUUUAAAUGCUCUUUGUCGUUUUCUCACAAUGAGAAUAAAGAGUGUAUUGAGAUUCUAACAAAGACAACUUGAGAAUGGCUGCUCGGUGUAACAAGAAAAUAAGGAUUAGUGCAAAGAAGAGACAAAACAGAGUGUGAGGGAGGAAGUGUACACAGACAAACAUCAGGAAGGAUCAGGGCUGACAUACUUUGUUGAAAAGAUUUGCAGAAUGAAGGGAUGAGAGCAGAGGUUUGGAAAAUCAGAAUGACUGCCUGACUUCUUCACUGAGCUUCAACAUAAAAGAGUUCCAAACAUUUAACGUUACGGGGGGGGCAGGUGGUGCUUUGAGGCUAUGGGCAAACAGCAGCUCUGACAGGUCUGGCGAUUCCCCUCACCUCAAAUUACAAGGGAACACAUUUGGUCCCACAUCCAAAAAGCAAUCUCCAACUCUACAUCAAGUCCAUCACACAUCUCCAACUGGAGUUGUUGCUCAGUUCUGGCUGAGGAACCUGUUGAAUUUCCCCCUUGUACAAUCAGUGUCAUUUUCAAAUAGGUUUUGUAGAACCUCAGCAACAAUGGUGUAAGCUUUGGCCAAAGGUUGAAUAAUUACUCAAAUGACUAGUUUUAUCUGAUGAUUUGAUCGUAUCAGAUUUCACACAGAAUGUAUUUCCUGAACAGAACAUAGUGAACAGAUGUAUAAUAUUUCCACAUGAACACUACCAAACUGAAGCAAUUGUCUAGAGAGACAUUCAUUUUGCUAAACAACUGGAAAAGAUGUGUCUGUUGGUGGUUUACUGUAAAACGCUGACCACAUGUACAGUAUAAUUCAAAGGGUUGUACAUUGUAAUAUGUUUAAAAUACCCCAUUCUAUGUUGACAUCUGUAAAUACACAGUUAUAUAUCACAUAUGGAUCAUUCCAAAGAGGGGAGACAUCUUGUGUUCUUUCCGACUUGAUCAAACAUAUGUACCUCCCACUGUACAGAGCAUGAGUGUUAUAGUGAUAUAAAGACAUUGUGAAUUGUAGUCUUAUAUUUUGUCAGAGUAUUGCUAUUAUAUAUUUAGCCAAAUGGCAUCAGUUAAGUGAAAAGAAAACAUUUUUACUAUAUGGAAGAGCAACUGAUUGAUCAUUUUUAUAUCAAGAGUACGUCCCUGCAUUAAAAUGAAAAGCUGUAUGUAAUAUAUUGAGAGCUGGAAAUCUGUAAUAUAAAUGUCAUGUUAUAUUUCCUCUAUGUUAAUAACAAUCUGUGUAUGUAUUGUAUCGUUUUUAAAAUGAAUCUUUUCCUCACCAGAGCUGGGUUCUCAGCGGCACACAUGGGACAGAAUGGCUCUUUAAAGCGUAAAUCAACUCCAUUGGAAUUAAGUGUUGGAAUUUGGGGAGUACACAGAAGUAAUAUCAAACAUUUCCGCCCCUAAACUCACAAGAAAGACUCUUAGUCAGCACAAAUCGGUUUUUUUCCUCACUCAAACUGAUACACAGAUAAACAAACUCAAAGGGGCCCUAAUAUGCUCUUUGUGGUUCUCCCUCUCCUGUAGUGUGUUCUAUAGGUGUUAGUGAAUGUAAAUGGUCUGCAGAGGCUAAAAUCCCCCCCAGAGCGAGUUUCUCACACUCAAACAUGUAAGUACAGUACACAGUAAUCUGUUAUUUACUAUAUUUAAUUAAGUUAAUAAAACAGUUGAUUUCCCCUUUAAAAUCAGUCAUAAUAUUCUGGUCCUGUGGUAAAAAAAACCCUCUGGUGAUUUUAUUCUGUAUAAUAAUUGAUGGCUGUUUGUACUUUCUCUUAUACUUUUUCAUGUACUGUACAUUUCAAUAGACGCAUCAUUUUCAUGGAGCAUCGCCUGGCACACUUUUCAGCUAGUAUUACUUUUUAAACAAACAUGUAUUAAGGAUAUAUUAGAACUUGGGUUGAUACCAAACAAUCAUGCUAAUAAACACCUGCUGUUGAAAA